AUGGACCCCAUUGCACACCAACUGAUGCAAUGUUGGCCAGGAUUGCCAAAAGUGAUGCACUAUUUGGUGGAUAGAGAGAGACCAGGUCUGCCAUCACCUCAAUGGACACCAAUAGCUCAUGUCUUAUGCGAUAAUGUGUUUGUGUUUGCAGUAAACGACGGACAGGUGUCGGCGCGCCCUCACUAUAGGGGUCUCGUGAACGCCGUGUCGACGAUCGUGAGGGAGGAGGGCGUGAAAGGGCUGUACAAAGGGGUGAUCCCUAACUGUUGGGGAGCGGGUGCCUCCUGGGGCUUCUACUUCCUCUUUUACAACUCCAUUAAGUCCCGUAUGACUGGCGACGACCCCAACACCCAAUUAGGUCCGGGACGACACCUGUUGGCCGCGGCGAUGGCCGGUGUGAUCACCACAACCAUAACGAACCCCAUUUGGGUGGUCAAGACCCAGAUGUGCCUCCAGUACAGCAGUGUCUCUGAAAUACAAGCCCUCCCGCCCUCCAAACGCUACACAGGAAUGGUAGAUGUGUUGCGCAGGAUAUACCACUACGAAGGCAUUCCCGGUCUGUACAGGGGUUACGUGCCGGGGAUACUCAACGUUAGUCACGGCGCCCUCCAGUUCAUGGCUUACGAGGAGCUCAAGAGUUAUUACAUAAGACGGAAGCAAUUGGAGACGAACGCCAAGUUGGACACAAUGGCAUACCUGACCUGUGCAUCGCUCAGCAAACUGUUUGCCGCCACAAUCACAUACCCCUAUCAGUUGCUGAGGGCCCGCCUGCAGGACCAACACACCCAAUACAAGGGUCUGCUGGAUGUGAUCAGAAGGACCUGGAGGUUAGUAGACCUUAGCGGCUAUUGUAAAGCACUGGUACCUAAUCUAAUGAAAGUAACGCCUGCCUGUGCUCUCACUUUUGUGGCUUACGAGCACUCAAUCCAUUUUUUGCUCACAUUUUAG